AUGCAGAAUUGGGAUGCAGCUAUGGAAGACCUUACAAGGUUAAAAGAGACCAUAGAUACUAAUUCUGUGAGUUCUCCACUUCAGUCUCUUCAGCAACGAACAUGGCUCAUCCAUUGGUCUCUGUUCGUUUUCUUCAACCACCCCAAAGGGCGUGAUAACAUAAUUGAUCUCUUCCUUUACCAGCCACAGUAUCUUAAUGCAAUUCAGACAAUGUGUCCACAUAUUCUGUGCUAUUUGACUACAGCCGUCAUAACAAACAAAGAUGUUCGGAAACGCCGACAGGUGCUAAAAGAUCUUGUUAAAGUUAUUCAACAGGAGUCUUACACAUAUAAAGACCCAAUUACAGAAUUUGUUGAAUGCUUAUAUGUUAACUUUGACUUUGAUGGGGCUCAGAAAAAGCUGAGGGAAUGUGAAUCAGUACUUGUGAAUGACUUCUUCUUGGUGGCUUGUCUUGAGGAUUUCAUUGAAAACGCUCGUCUCCUCAUAUUUGAGACUUUUUGUCGCAUCCACCAGUGUAUCAGAAUUAAUAUGUUGGCAGACAAACUGAACAUGACUCCAGAAGAAGCUGAAAGGUGGAUUGUAAAUUUGAUUAGAAAUGCAAGGCUGGAUGCCAAGAUUGAUUCCAAAUUAGCUCCUAACUGGGCAACUCAGGACUCUGGCUUCUACUGAAGAACUGUAUAAAGACAAGAUGAAAAAACUAUAAAAUAAAGAUGAAAUAAUAAAACCA